GAUUACUCAAUCUGAAUACAGAUUGCUUUCACAGCGGAAUAACUGGACCAAAAAGGGCCUCCGUAUCCGGUGGUCAAAUGAUAUUAACAGGUUAGGAAUGAAGCGACCGUUGAGCUGCGGACAAAUGUAAAUCAUUGAUUGUUGUGUUGUCAAAGAAGAAAUAACUGUUUACUCAUCUUACCCUUCUUAUAUGCUUUUGGGUGUCUUGGUACGCAGGACGUGGUUGCUGCUCGACAAUAUUAUAAACAGCGUAACUUCAUACCCAACACCUCCUCAGUACUGCAGUUACUAGCAUCCUCUGGGUUAAAGUACACACUCUUCUUUCCAGUUACCGUCUUGCAGAAUGCCUCAGCUGAACCAAAGUAACUUAGUUACUCUAAACUGGCCCUAGGUGUGAAUAUAUGUCUGCAUGUGUGUGAUUGUGUAGCCCUGUGACAGACUGACGACCUGUUCAUGGCGUAGGCCGCCUUCACCUAACAGUAAGCUCUGGGAGCCCCGUGACCCUGUAAGGGAUUAAACAGUUUUAGAAAAUGCAUGAAUGGAUGGGUUUUCAUUUGAUAAUGACUAAAGGAACCUAGCUUGAUCAUAAAAGAUAAUAAACCACUUUUCACUAUCAGGGCUCAACCACACAUCCUCCGGAAGCAGGUUGAGACCACAGUCUUGACCUCCAGACCACCAGCCUACACUGGGAACAGUUAUGAUUAUCUGCUCUUGAUUCAAAUCUUAUGUUUUUCCACAUUAUUAACUCUACAAAGUGGCUCUAGAUGGACGGUUUUGAUGCCCAUUCUAGUAGGGAAAAAUAACAAGUUCUUUUUCCUGUUUUGGGCCAACAAAAGACGCGUGUAAUGAAACACUGUUAUUGAUGACUAUUGUAGUUUACAGUGUUUUUACUGUAAAGCUAUAGAAGAGCAUUAUGCAUCUGAUAGACAUCAAUUUAGAGAGAUCUAUUACAUAUUGUGGUUUAGAUCUCUGACAAAUGACUUUUAUAGCUAUUUGCGUAUUACAAACAAUGACAAGCACCAAUCAUUUUUCUAGUCCAAGAAUCUAAAGACUCGAUUUUUUUUUUUUUCAGAGUCACAUUACUGACUUCUUCACCUUCUCUUUUUCCAUAGAUCAUGUUUCUGACUUUAUUCGCAGUUUUUUACGUCCUCUUUGGUUCUUCCUGUGGUUUAUCAGAAAAAUCUCGGUGUUAUGGGGACAGUGUAGAUUUGGAUUCAUUUUCUUUGAACAAAAAGCUGUAUUUCCAUCCAGAAAGAGGAAGAAAAAUAUUACUGAUGAACAAUCGAGAGGCUAUGGAUCCACGACUCAAAGUUUCCACUAAUUCAGUAAAACUAACACAGUUGACUGAAAAAGAUAAUGGAAAAUUCUCUGUUUCAAUCUAUUAUGGAAAAGUCCUCUAUAUACUUUUACUGACAGUCCUGGAUUGUACCACAAACAUCUCGUUGUUUUAUGGCGAGGAGUUGGUGCACAAUGUUCCUAGCAAUGCUGAACUUCUGGAGUUUACCCCUGUUCAUGGAGUAGAGGAGCCUCAGCUUCUGUGGGAACGUGAAAACCCUCAAAACCAUUCCAGAACACGGAGGAAAGUGAGCGAAAACGUCUUUAUCAUUUCCAAAGUCACCCAGGAAGACAAUGGCGACUACAACUUUAGACAAGAAGACUCAUCUUUGGUGAAACAGUUACGACUCAGUGUGAAAGAAAAUACCAGUUACUAUGAUUUUGAAGAAUAUGAGGACGUCUUCUUUCCAUUUCCUUGGGGCACCGGAAACUUCACUGUCACUUUUAAACCACAGGACAGAGAAGAAAAUGCAACAAUCAUACGAGCAGGAAGUGUGGUCAGAAGCAGUAACCCUUUCUAUCACAGAAUUACAAUUAAAAAUUUUGGUAUAGAUAUUUCUCAUGUAGAAUGCAGUGAUGCCGGCACCUUUGAGUUCAGAGAUUCUGCAGGAAAUCUAGCUUUGAUUUAUUAUGUGAACAUUACUGAAUCUCAUCAUUCAUCAUCAAACCUGAGUGUAAAGGUUGUUGAUGUGUCUGUUGUUGUUCCUGUUGUUGUGGCUAUCCUUGGGCUUCUCUGCUGUUGCUGUUACUGUUGUAAAAAGUACUGCUGUAAGAAGACCAAGCCUCCUUCUCCAGUUGCACAGACAUUAAUAGAUCCAAAAGUGUAUUAUCAUGCAUACCAACCAAUAAAUGAGGAAACAAACAUCUCUCAGCCUGGGGUUGUACUUCGAGCUUCAGAUAAAUCUGCUCCAUCUUCAUCUUCUGGAAACAACCCUCCGUCUUCAGAUUAUCAACCAGCGUUUGAGACACACCAACCAACACAUGAGGUGAAGAAUAUCUCUCAGCCUGAGGUCACAUCUCAAGCAUCGAAGAAAUCUGCUCCGUCUUCAUCUUUUGGUUACAACCCUCUGUCUUCUUCAGACUAUCAGCCAAUAUUCUUGGUGAAAGGACUAAACUCCACUUUUUAUCUGCCUCUCAGUACAGAACCCUGUUUUACAGAUGUUUUCAACUCAGAUAAAAUGAACUUUCUGUAAAAAAGAGUUAUAGAGUUCUAACCCAUGAUGAGUGCAUAGACUCAAUGCUGAGGUUUAAUUAUUCUCUAAAAGACAUUGGCUGUUCAAAGUUCUACACAUUAUUGGAAACUUGAAUGGAGGUUAAAAAAUGAAAGACAAAGAUAAACAAUAAACAGUGAGUUAUUGGUUUAAUAAAAUAUGGGCUACAGCUUACAGUCACUUCCAAUACUCCUAACCUCAAAUGUUCCUUUAGUUGCUAAAAGCCAUUAUCAAAAUAAAUUAUUAAUGCUACCACUACUACUGAUUGCUGAAUCACAAUUCUGCAUUAAAAGACCCACACCAAUAAAAUCUAUGUUUUUGGUGUGUUUUUAGCAUGUUCUUGUAGCAUUUUUCUUAUAUUGAACGACAUAUAUAUGUAACAAAAAAAGAUAAAAAUGACAUUUCUGAGUUUUUCUUCUUUGUCGUCUUGUGAAUCAGGAUCAGACAAAGAAAUGCCAUUUGAAAAAGCUUAUUAUUAUAUACAAACUACGUCUGGUGUGCCACAAGCUCCCUGCUCCACUCCAUUCAGAUACCUUCACUUGUAGAUUAAUAGAUUUACGUACAUUUUUAUUUUCCUCGUUUAGCUUGGUAGCUUCGAUAUUGCUCACCAUUUUUGCUGCACUGCUAAUGUUAGGUUGGGGUUGUGAGGAGCUGUAAAAUACCAGGAGAGUUUAAACAAAGGGAGGAUGGGAAGGCUUAAUCUGCUCCAACAGCCCACAACCCAGACUGCAAUUUUUGAUUUAGUACUGCCGCUCUGCAGAAGCUAUGUUCUAGGAAACUAGACAGGUUUUCUUUAUUUUUACCUAAACAUAUCAUAAUCAUAAUUAAAAGGCCACUUUUAAAAUAGAUCAAAAGGUGGUUUAGAGAGUUUAGGUCAUAAAGCAUCUCUUGUACGAAGCAGAAGUCUAUGGCAUUUCCUUUUUUUUUACAGCAAUGCAACAUUAAUGGUAUUUUAAAAUUUUUUUCUUGCCAAUUCUUUUAAAUAUUUUAAUUUGCUGAGAUACAGUUGUGAAGUCAUCUUUGUGAGGUUAUUACUUAAUUAGUCAAUUUUUUUGGUAUAAAUUUUGACUUUUCUUAGAUGCUUCUGUGUGUAUUUUGUGUGAAAUUAAACUGAUUUUCUUUGUUGAUUAUACAAAAGUUUACUGCAAAUAUAUUUUUUCAAUGUGUUUUUGUAUUUUCUUGCAAAAAUUCUUACCCUGAUGGAUUGUACGGAACAAAUUUUUCAUGAUUGGUCUAUUAAACAAAUGAAAUGCUC